UAUCGGUAAUCAUAGCAGAGGAGCAAAAAUUUCUAUCCGGUCGGUCGAGUUUUGUUGCCCUCGCCAGCCUGCUACUGUAUCGGAAAUUAGCAGUGGUCGCGUAGUUCGAAACUGCAGAAAAAUCGUGCGUUGUUCCGUCUUGCCGCAGAUUAUCGGUACCUAGCGCAGUGGCCCGGAAGUUCAAGUGCAAGUUUCACUACAGUACGCGUUCGUUCGGUUGUUUCGAAAGCCAUUUGCGGAUACAUCAAGAAGGAUUGCUGCCACUGUCUGGCUCUGGUGGAAGUUUUCUCGCCAGUUGCUAUAGGCACAGGGGGAGCCCCAAACAGGCAAUCCUCGAACAACUCGGUGGGUGUGCGUUUGUGUAUGUGUGAGAUUGUUGCUGACGUUCUGGAGUUGUCACGUAAGAGAUUUCCAGGGGCUUCCUGUGUACUACAGCCCGUAGAUUGCAGUGUACGGAAAAAUAUCCGAUCUUAUCAGUGUUUUGCAGCAGUGUAAACUGCGGGUGCUGAAAGUGAGCCCUUAAAGUCGCCGGAAAGGGCUUCGAGUUGAACGGAACUGCACAAACCGUUUUUGCGUGCGUUGCAGAGGAGUGGAAGUAAAGAAUAAAUAAAUCCAAAGUGUUAGCCAAAUAGUAAUCGACAGGCUUUAAGUUUAUCCUAAAUCAGAAGAGUUUGUUUGAUCGUCGUUUUUUGUAACUUUUUUACCAGUGUGUACGCCAUUACAAGUGAGAUUUGCAAACGCGUCUUGUGAUUUGCUAUAGAGUUUAGUUUUCUAUGAUCGUCGACUAGUCCGUAAGGCAAUUACAAAAAAAAAUCCCUGCCGUUGAUGUUGAUGUGUAGUGCACGUGUUUUAAACUAGUAUAUGAAAGUGUUUAUUUUUCUACCUACGAGCAACUAAAAAUACACAGAUCGUGUUUGUACCAUAAAUCGUUUGUACCAUAAUUUGACGAAAAAAACCGGAAGUUAAUUUGCAGCUUCGAGUAAUCGAAAAUUAAAUACAUAGUAAAGUUAGUCAACUCAAUCGACCGCGUGGUGAACUCGAACGUUUCUAAAUGGGUGAUUUUUUGUACGGUGGUUCGGUAUUAACGAAUGAUUCGUGCGUGUCCAGCCAGUCGCUGCUCGACACGUUGAGCAUCAACAAUCUGCUGAACAUCAAGCACCUGACAAACGGAUCCGGCAACGGUGCCGUUGGUGGUGGUGGUGGACUUAGUCCUUCGGCUUCGGAACCGUCGGUGAUUGUGAGCCCUGGAUCGUCUUCCCUGAUAGCAGACUCACUCGUAGUUGUCGAUAACAACAACAGCAGCAGCAGCCUCAUUGGCGGCGGGACACUGAAAUCCUGCCAUAAAGCGAGCAUGCCCGCAACGAGCAACGCUGGAGGUCCAGUAACCGACGAGUCAGGACUGCUGAUUACCAACUCCAGCAACUCAGCAGCAACCAUUCCAACUAUCACAACGGCUAUCUCACCCGAGUGCGCUCUAACUCCAUCGAACGUGAAUACUUUAUCCCUACAACUUACCACACCGCAAUCCGACGACGAUGCGUCCACCUCGUCUCUGCUGAACGGUGCCGGAGGCUCGAUUGCUUCCCCGCUCGCAUCGCUAAGCAGUCACAACCACAGUGGUAACAGUAGCAGCAGUAACAACAAUAACAGUUCGAACGUCACCAACAACAACCUACUGAUCGAGAACUCCGACCUGCAUCUUCCCAGUGCGGCUGAAGAACUAAGUCUGAAAGGAGCAGACUUGAGCUGCCUCGGUGUCACCUCCAGCCUGAUGAACGGUGGCUCCUCGUCACACAUGGUUCUUCCCCCGAACGGGUUGAACUUUGGAAACCCAUCGGAUCACGGUAGUCCCUGGUCUACCAGCUUGGACGAAGCAACCAGCUCGCACCUAUCGAUCAAUGGAUUAGGCGGGUUUCAAAAUUUCUCAAACAACCACCUGUACAAUGGAGCUGCUGCCACUGCUGCCGCGGCUGCAUUUGCCGCUCAGCAACAGCAGCGUCGAGCAAUCACAGCUUCUCACGGUGGAUUCCCACAUCAUGGUCUCUCACCGAAUUGCAGCGCUGUCGCUCCAAACCAUUUGCUUCAACAUCAGAAUCAACCGCAGCAAAGUCAGUUCAAAAAUUCCUAUCCUACCUGGUCCAAUCCUGCCCCAUCUGGUCCAUGGUCCCAGCAACAGCAGCAGCAGCAGCAGCAGCCUCAACAGCAGCCACAGUCCCAACAGCAGCAGCAACAGCAACAGAAUCCGAUGAACUCGUGGAAUCGUGGCCGCUCUGUUCCCAAUAUGAAUCUCGCUAGUGGACUAUCAGGCGGAGUUCUCCAUUCCCGCAAACAGCACAAUCCCAAUUCCCAUUCCCAAGCGUUGUCUCCCUACGCAAACCAUCUCCACCAGCAACAACAGCAACAGCAGCAGCAGCAGCAGCAACCCCAUCUUCAGCAAUCUCUUAACAUUGCCUCGAACCUGAUUAACUCACCCUCCAAGUACCGCCGCAGCACUUCCUACCCGGGUAAACCCGGAAUGCCCAAUUGCAUCGGAGGUGGUGGUGGCGGUGGUGUUAUUGCAGGUGGUAACAGCAGCGGUAAUGGAAGUGGCAACGGCGGUGGUGGCUUCGGCGCCGGCGGCCCGCUCGAUGUCGUUUCGCUGGACGACUCCCAGGAUCCGUUCCUGUCAUCGUAUCAGGAUCGCACCGGAAUAAACAAUGGAUUAGACAUGCGUUCGCUGGAGCACUGCCUCAGUGACAUCAUGCGGAACGCAGGUGAAGCCUCCCAGCCGGAUCAUUUGAAAGGAUUUCUCAACUGCAACACAAACACCCUUCAAUCGCUAGCCCAGCUGCACGGAAAGCUCGAUUUCCACGAAUUCAUACCCGGUAAACCGUUCUUUUCUGGACUGGACGAGCACAUUUCGGAUGACGUUGGUGGGGGUGGAGGUGGUUUCGGCGGAGCAAAUACCAACAACCAUCACCACCACCAUCAUCAACAGCAGCAGCAACAUCAUCAUCUCCACAACCAACAUCAUCAUCACCACCAGCUGGGCGGUCUCGGAUCGCCGGCCCGCUCGUCACCACACUCGAACGGAUCAGAGUCGACGGAACGGUUCUCGCGAAAGGUUUUCGUCGGUGGACUACCGCCGGAUAUUGACGAAGAGGAAAUCACCACGUCAUUCAACCAGUACGGGGCUCUCGUUGUCGACUGGCCGCACAAGGCCGAGUCCAAGUCGUACUUUCCACCGAAAGGAUACGCAUUCCUGCUCUUCCAGGAAGAGCGUGGCGUUCAGAAGCUAAUCGAAACGUGCCACCCGGAGGACGACAAGCUUUACAUAACGGUGUCCUCGCCGACUAUCAAGAACAAGGCAGUGCAGAUUCGCCCCUGGCGGCUGGCCGACGCCGACUACGUGCUCGACGCCUCGAUGCCACUGGACCCGCGCAAAACCGUCUUCGUCGGUGGUGUUCCGAGACCACUGAAAGCAUAUGAACUUGCCACGAUUAUGGAUCGUCUGUACGGAGGCGUCUGCUACGCCGGCAUCGACACCGACCCGGAGUUGAAGUAUCCGAAGGGAGCUGGUCGAGUUGCUUUCUCGAACCAGCAAAGCUACAUUGCGGCCAUUUCCGCCCGGUUCGUGCAGUUGCAGCAUGGUGACAUUGACAAGCGAGUUGAGGUGAAACCUUACGUUCUGGACGAUCAGAUGUGUGACGAGUGCCAGGGUCAGCGUUGCGGUGGCAAGUUUGCACCGUUCUUUUGCGCCAACGUUACCUGUCUACAGUAUUAUUGCGAACACUGCUGGGCCCAUAUUCACUCGCGCUCCGGCCGCGAGUAUCACAAGCCCCUCGUUAAGGAGGGCGCGGAUCGGCCCCGGGCAGUGCCCUUCCGCUGGUGUUAACGCCAGCCACCACGAUCGAUAUCGACUGCAGCGGGAAGGACAGCACAAACUGCUUUCGGGAACGCAUCGUCGACGAGAUCGAGUCACAAUAGUCACCACCACCACCAACAACAACAACAGCACACUGGUGGCCAACACCAUCACCAUCAAUCGUUGACCGGCAGCACUGCCACCGGCUCCACGCUCGGUGCCAGCUUUCACGGUUUCGGUCAAUCCGGGUCCUCUAACUAUGUACCUCCACCACCGUCUUUUCCCUGGACAAACAACAACUCUGGCAACAGUGGUCUCGGAAUUGGUAGCAAGCCGAGACAUCACCUGAGCCGUGCAUCUUCGACAUCGGGAGGUUUUCUCGCUCCUCCGCCAGCACGCUACAACACUGGCAGCUCGGGAGGUUGUGGAAACAGUAACGGAACCGUGGGUGGUGGUAUGGGACUCAUCUCCAGCAGUGGCAGCAGCAGUCCUUCCUCGAUUCGCUGCAGUAGUUCAAUUGAUCAGGCCCUGGCGGCCAGCAAAAAACAUGAAGACAUUAUUAAGCAGCAUCAACGAAAGAUGCAACAACAACACCUCUCGAUGACGGCAACCGCCACCGGCGGUGGGGCCUCAAUCGGGAACUAGAUCGUGUUUUCCGAGGGACGAUUUUUUGUAACCAUAAUUAGUACGAUUUUCUAUUCUACUUAUAGACGAUUAGAGAUAGUUAAAUUAAACCAAAAGCCGCAGAAAGGCAAGAUAGGGAAGUGUGUGUUUUUUAUGAUACUAUAACUUUCGCCGAAUCAUAUUAGCUAAAGAGAAAACAUGAAGUAUUAUAUUACUAGUUGAAACCGAGGGGUUCGAAGUUGACAAAACAUUGGAUAAUAAUCAAUCUUCUACGAUGUGUAAUAUGAAGUCGGUUAAAGUCGGAGCAGAGAAAACUGUUUAUAAUUCGUUCACACUUUUUAUAUUGAAAUGCUUUUUUGUUAACUCUUUGUACGAAAUUGAAUAAGAAUAUCGAUUAUGUAUUACGGCAAACUGUACAGAGCUGCUGGGUAUGAGAAAGCUUGAAGGCAACAUACACUGUGACAACUGUACUGUGAAUACACUACUGAACUGGAAGUCCGACAACCAAACAUUCAAAUAAAAGACGAGGUAAUUUUGUAAUUUUGUAAAUAAGUUAAAGGGAGAACAAGUAAACCGACGCGCAUCAGUUGUCGAACCAAAGAAGAAAUUAAAUCAAAACAAGCCAUUGAAAUCCAUUUUUGUGAUAGGUAUUUUUUGCACUCGUGUACUAAAUGCUCCCAGCAGAAAUGCGCUUAAUUAUUAUUCCUACCAUAUUAUAUGUGUAACGAUUGCAGCAACACGCUUCUUAUGUAAUUGAAUCAGUUUUAUCCACGACUGAUACACGGAAUGACCCCUUGAGCAAACAAAAUAAUGCGAUUUUUGUUUGAGAGGAUUAGCAAAUUCUUAGAUGCCUAGCUGAAUUUUGUUGUUUCUUUUUUAUUGUUACCUAACUGUGUAUCAAAUCGCUGUUAUUAUGUGCAAUGUUAGCCUUCAGAUUGGGUUACUAAACCGAAUACUAAUCACUGAUGUUUUGAGUUAAAGAAGCGAUCUUGAUUUAUAGAUUGCACCUGUAAAUAGGGACAGCUAACAAAAUAAACUAUCAACGAUAGUGCGAUAUCUGCAGCAAACUCUAGGCUGGUGAGAGAUGAUUAACUCUUUCAUAGAAAAGUACUUGUUAUAAACCAUACAAUACGCAUAAAUCAGACUUUAGAUAGUGAAAACCAAAAGGGAAAAAAACUAGACAAAGACCACCAAAAUCUGCGAUAUAUUAGAGGAAAACAUUGGCUCCAUCACACGACUAGUGGACCUAAAACGAAUGUAGACACGUGGCUAAUUCUGUUUUUGGUUUUUGGGUGGUUUUUGUUUUAGCGUUGUUUUUGUUUUCUAUUUUAAAAACCACCGUGUUGACGUCAGCAAUUCUACUCGCUGAUGGCAGCGAGUACCAACGAGUUCUAGUUCAACAAUGUAUUCCAUAGUUUUUUACUUAAACCAUCCCCGAAUGGACAUUGUGAGGCGUAAAACAUGCUAGAUUCCACUAAUCAACCGAAGAAGCUUUCUAUGCUUAAUGUAGAUUUUCUAUUGGUUGAUGGUUAGAUAGAUAAAUGGAUAUUCAAAGAAAAAUAGACACACACACAAACAAUAUAUAUUGCUAAAAAUCAGAUAAACAAUUUAACAAUAACAUAUAGAGAAGAUAAACGAAUGCUAAUGCAAAUAUAAAAUCAUUGUAAACGAAUCUCGUACUUACUGAGACAAACAAAUCUGACAAAGAAAUGAGAGGCAAGCAUGUUUUAACGAGAAUAGUCAAUAUUUCUAUUUUUAUAUCAAUCCGGAACCGGUUAGAGAAGACGCGCUGGAAACUCAAAACAAAACAACCAAGCUCACUAGCUUACGGAGAACGAGAGCUGUGUUGGUAUUUGCUUUCACCGUACUCUAUCCAUUUGAGAACAAACAGAAGAAGAAGAAGAAAAAACACGGAACCAUUUUGCAAUCGUAAUCUUCCAACUACUAGCUAAAAGAAAAAAUACAAACAAACAGAUAAACAAAACGCGUGCGAGGAUGCUGUCAUGUACUUUGAGUAUGAAACGCCUAGUUUUUGACCUUUUACGACUUCGGAUAAUAUCUUCUAUAUAUCAUUUGUGGUCUGCUUUGGUUUGCUGCAAAUUAGUCGUACAAUUUAGUAAAUGUUACUAGUGAGGAAUCCAUUGUUCCGUUAGCGUCCGUCACAUUCGACCCUCUAUUUUGUAUGCUGUGAAUCCAAAUCGAAAACCUUUUGAAAUCAUUAGAAUACUGUGGGUCCCUUUACACACUUAAAGUUCAUUUAAAACAGGGGAAAAAUUCACUAAAUAUUCUAUAAAUUCAUGGUAACAUUUUCGAAAAUUGCGGCUUCAAACGAAUGGAUACGCAUUGUACUUUUGCCUACUUGGUGAGCAUAAAGAGAGCAAAACUGGUAUUCAGUUGGAUAGAAAGCUUUCCCUGGAAAGAACAAUCAUGGAAAAUAUCGAAAUAGUGACAGAAGAAUGUUCAUUUUUGAAAGGACUGUGUUUUAAAGUUUAUAAUUAUUUUUUAUUGUUGUUUUGUAAGCGAGCUACUAGCUUUCAUAACAUAUCUGUUAUUGCAUACAAGAAUGAGCUGUCAGAAAAAUCUCAGUUUGGUAUGCACCAUAACGCUAUAAUGACUGUUAGUACUUUGUAGCGACACUGUUUACGUCAGUUUCGAUUCGAUACGUAUUUCAUCAAAGUAAAUGAUGAUUUAAAACUGCCAGUGCUUAUACCAAUUAUAACGCAUGACUAACGAUUAACUAGUGUUCAAUAAAAUCAACUAGAAGUUCAUAAAUUGACCAAUAUACUUACAUUUGAACGGGUUAUUAAACUUUUCCACACCGACCUAUUACAGUUUUAUGGACAAUUGCAUUUUUUUAUCUUCAAUAUUGAGCUUGAAGAACUGAUUUUCACGCAGUGUGUUUCUGAAAAAGAUUUUAUUUAGAAUUCCCUCCAUGAAGAAAAGACUUAUUCAUUUUUUAUGUAGAGACAGUCUUCGUAAAUAAAGACAUCAGACAACAAUGCCACCCUCACGAUUCUAGCUGAACCAAUUAACAAAUCUUUUUUUUUUUUGUAUUUACUUCAGUAAACCAUUAAUGUAAGGAUUAUAGAAUAAAAUGGCGAUGGAAAAAAACAGAAACCUGAAGUGCAGUUCAAUUUAUGCGAUUUGAAGAUAGUUUGAAUAAUAUUAACGACUGAUUUAAUUUCAUUCUUGUUCAAUACAGUCUAAUAUCCGUUCACGCUACAGCGAAUAUCAUGUGAUAUCGCCUAUCUUGAAAUUAAAUAUCAUACACCAAAUUUUCCGUAAAAACUAAAUGUAUGGGUUCUGUUAUCAAGAUACGAGAUAUCACAUGAUAUAGACUAAAGUGUGAACAAAGCAUAACCGAAGCAGCCACACAAUCUCCGACCUAAAAAAACAUGGCACAUAAACUCAAAGAGAUGUUUCGCGUUUCAAGGUUUCGCUCAAGUAAAGAGUAAAGUAUAGUUUUGCUAUCGAUUAUUACGCGGUUCGAUUCGGUACCAAACCGACCGACUGGCAACAGUCGCACAUGUAACAAAACAUGGAAAGCAUCAACAAAAAAUGCAGCAAGCAAAUACAAUGUAAUAUUUUUCCCAAAACCAACAUACCGGUAGCAAUUUUUCCCAACCUAGAAAGAAUUUUUAGAUAUGUGUUCAUCACCAAGUAGCUAUUUCAAACGCGAACGUGUUAAAGGAGUUAAAAAAAUAUAUAUUUUUAUCGAUCUUCGAAUUCCACAGACGCUAGGAAAAGACUCACACACACAUAUUCAACAGUAAAAAAUAAGCAUAUUUCGAGAAAGCAAAUUAAAAACCAGAAAAAAAAAGAUAGCAAUGCAUAGUAUUCCGUACUCUUCUAGUACAAAACAAAAGUAUGAUGAAAACACUAUCAGUAGAUAUAUUGAAUUCCUCUAACUUUUUAACCGUGCUUGUUUUGUACUUUCUACCGAAACCGACUCUUCGGCAAAUCGGCGAACAACAAAGAAUAACAACAACAGCAGUUCAAGAGAAGACCACGAACACAAACGAAAACGAAUGCUUUCGUACCUGAGCAGAGAGCGGAUUGAGAGCGCGAAAGAGGCAACCAAACUGCAUAUAUUUUUCUAAGAAAAACAAAACCAAACAAAUCAUCCGAUCGAGGUUCGAUUUUGACAGAUCGACAGCCGAUUUUCGUUAUGUUUCGGUAUCGAAGUUUUGAGCCAAAAGAGAGAGGAAAAAAAUGGUUCGUUCGUUUUUCCGAUUCUGUUCCACUCGUGAGGUACACUGUCGUUUUUUGUGACAAGAAAACUGAAGAAAGAAAAGUUCGCGACUACAGCGUAUUUAUUCUCUCUGAAGCACGAUCAGUAGGAAUCGAAUAAAAAAAAAUCUUGUAACAAAAUGUAGGAAGUUACAGUUAUACACUCUUUUUUCUACUGUUUGUAUGUAAAAUCUAUCGUAAUAAACCAAAAAAAAACAUGCUAACAGAAAUCAAUAAAAAUAGUUAAAUAAUAAUAAUAAAAAAAUAAUGAUUAGGUGCAUGUGUCACGGAGUAAAACAAGAAGAAGCAGUUCAUUGGAAAAUAACCGAACCUUUACUCUGAAAUUAUAGGAAAUCGGUUCAGUCUAGCAGCAGAAGCCUAGAAUAGUGAACUGGAACCGUGUGAAAAAAAAAACAAAUACAACCUAAAGAAUCACUUUAAAUUUCAACAUGUUCGUGAAUGAACGAAACUUCUGCAGAGAACUUUCACACAUAUAUACCAAAAAAAAAUGAAAAUAAACGGUAAUCCAUAAGAUUGAGACAAAGCAAAUAAACGAUGUAGCGUGUAGGGUAUGGUUCUCGUUUCAGUUUGUUUCUUCAAUACGUUACACUCUAAAGAUCUGCAUGUCCCAUCAACGUAGAAAAAAGUUACAUAUAUUUCUAAUAGGGAAUGUACAUGCAUCUUAUUUCGUUACUAAUGCUAAAACUAAUCAUUAUAACUUGGAAACAGUAUUUAAACUUCAAUUGAUUUCAUAUCUUCGAUUUUCUCUCAAUGCUAGUCCCGCGUUCGUAAAAAAAACUGAUAAUUUCUUUUUUCAUUUUUUUUUGGAGUUUUUAUGUAUAUUCAUAUUAAAACCAUUAAUUUUUCUGGGAAAUAACAUGAACGAAACUCUAAACAAAAACAUAAUCAAUGGAAAAGCGAAAAAUGGUAAUGAAAAACAUGAAGUUUUUGAGAAUAAACUUUUGAACAACGCAGAUGAUAUUUAGUAAAAGUUUGCAAUAGACAACAGAAAAUAAAACAA